GCUCUGGUUGGUAUGCUAGCUGUUUUAUUUUAGUGGUUUAGCAGGCACUGAACUGACAGUACAGAAAUCAUGGGAAGAAAGAAGAAAAAGCAAAUGAAGCCUUGGUGCUGGUACUGUAACAGAGAUUUCGACGAUGAAAAGAUUCUCAUUCAGCAUCAGAAGGCCAAGCAUUUCAAGUGCCACAUCUGUCAUAAAAAGCUGUACACUGGCCCUGGGCUUGCCAUCCACUGUAUGCAGGUACAUAAAGAGACAAUUGAUGGAGUUCCUAAUGCAAUACCUGGAAGAACAGAUAUUGAGCUGGAAAUAUAUGGCAUGGAGGGUAUUCCCGAAAAAGACAUGGAAGAGAGAAGAAGAGUGCUAGAACAAAAGAACCAAGAGACUCAAAAGAAAAAGCAGAACCAGGAUGACUCUGAUGAGUAUGAUGAGGAUGAUGAGCCUGGACCCUCCUUCCAGCAGCCUGCUGCAGGCCAGACCCAGGCAGGCUUCAUCCCCCCUAUGACCCAGCCUGGCAUGCCUCCGGGGUCCGGUGCUCCAGGGAUACCACCGGGCAGCUACUCAGGAAUACCCCCAAUGAUGCCGGGUGUGCCACCAAUGAUGCCAGGAAUGCCCCCUGUACUGCCAGGAAUGCCUCCAGGGAUGAUUCCAAUGGGUGGCAUGAUUCCUCCGGGCCCAGGGAUGCCUCCAAUGAUGCCAGGUGUGCCGCCAGGCAUGCCCCCCCCUGUGGGCCACCGUCCAGGCAUCACACACAUGGCUCAGGUCCCCCCUGCUGCAAACGUGCUGACUAGACCUGCUGUUCCUGCUGCCACUGCCCCCUCAGCCCAGCCUGAUGUCACAAAGCCUCUAUUCCCCAUUGCUGGACAGAUGGGCAAUCGUGUUGCAAGUACAAGUACAAGUGCAGGCUCAUCAAGUGCAGACGCUCAGUCCGCCUCCCCUAAAGCUCUGUUCCCUAUCACAUCACAAAGUCAGCAGACAGUGACAGGGUCCCCCCACCCUCCUCCCUCUACCUCCUCUGAUCCCUCAAAGCCCACAUUCCCGGCCUACACUCAGGCCACCGUAGCUGUGGCCAGCCCCAAUUCUGGCAGCAGUACGGUCUCCAAACCUCCCUCUACUGUGACCAGUAAGCCCGCCACCCUCACCACCUCCAGUGCAACCAGUAAGUUGAUCCACCCUGAUGAGGAUAUCUCACUGGAAGAGUUGCGGGCGCAGUUGCCCAGGUACCAACGCAGUAUUCCACGCCAAGGCCAGACCACUCCUGCAGCCCCAUCAGUGGGUCCCGUGGGUGGCAUGAUGGCUCCUCAGCAGCCUGGCAUGAGGCAUCCCAUACCUGGUCAGUAUGGUGGUCCACCCCAGGGGAUGCCAGGCUACGUGCCAGGAGGGAUGCCUCCAUACGGACAGGCCCCUCCUGUGGUUCCCCCAGGGUACCAGGGAGCCCCUCCACGGCCACCCAUGGGUAUGAGACCCCCUGUCAUGUCUCCUGGAGGCCGCUACUGAAGCCUGCCUUCCUCUCUUCAAUAGGUUUGGACACUCAACCCUUUUCUAAUGUCCUCAACUGCUAGACAAACCAGAAUUGGUAUUCUAGUACGACGACGUACUGUUUAUUCUACUACUGAGCUAUGAGGAAGAGACACUGAAUAAACAGCAAACAAAAGAGCUAUAAAAGCAUCACAGAGCGCAUGGGAAAUAUUUACACUGUACCUAACCAAGACUAUGAACUGUUGUUUCAAACCAUCUCUGUUCUGUGGCUUUUUUUCCUUCUCAUGUUUCAUUUAGGUGUAUAGAAGUGUAGUAGAUAUGGUUCGUAGUGUUGUGAAGGCGCUGGAGUUACAUGGGCAGUACCCACCCUGUAUCAAGGCAAGUUUUAUGUAAAUACAUUUCUGUUCUCAGCUUAACAGUGAGGCCUUCACAGCACAUAGUGCUGUUGGACUUUGUGUCCCCAACUUUGUUUGGUGAGGGCUUCAAAUAACUGUUUAUGCAUUCAUUCUGUUUUAUGUUCAUAGUUUAAAUGAGGAAAUACCCCCUCAACCUUAAAUAGAUGAAAUACUAAAUGAAAUGGCAUAUGUAUUGUUGUAAAACUGUAUUGUAAUAAAAUGUGGCAAAAAUGUAAGACUCUUCUUUGCGGGACGUUGGUGGGAAAAGAGACGUCACGGCAGGUUUGUACUCCAGUUAUAAACUACAUGGUGAUUGUCCUUUUGUUGUCUUGAAGAUGAACAAUAUCAACAGAAAUGUGCAUCUGUGCUUUCAAGUUUUUGCUGAGUUGAAAUUACAAAUGUUGGUAAAUAUUUUCUUUUUGGUAUAAGCAGUGUGUUGAUUUUUUUAAAACUGAUGCUCUGUACAUGGCACCGGCAGGCUAGCCUUUGACGCACUGAGUGUAUUGUACAGCUGCAUAACUUCCGGGUCGCUGAUGGCUGUAGUGCUAAAACCCAGAUUUCUCUUCUCCCUGUAGCGAUGCCAUGGGGGACUGGCUGAGGCCCUGUCUCAGUGUAGCCCUGUUUCAGCCUGAGGCAAGUCUCACCAUUUUCUGUCUUCUCAUUCAUUGCCAGGGGCCCUCACAGCUUACACGCUGUUGGAUCUCAAUGUCCCCAAACUUGCAGCAAGUUUGGUGAAGGCCCUUGUUUGUGUUGUUGCGUUGAGGCACCAUUUUCUUCAGGCAUGUUAAUUCAUGUAAAUUCUUCUCUUGUUUUCAUUUAAUAACUUUAUGCUGAAGGUCUAGAGCAAUUAAAUGAAACUUUAUUUCUUUUGAUGCUUUAUUAACUAGUCCUGCAGUCCACAGCAGUUUACUGUCUGAAAUAUUGAUGGCUUGGCCAAAAGUCAAAUCAUUUGUGAAGAGUCCCACAUACAGACACCAUUAACAGUCUGUCACCUACAGCCAUUUAUACAUGAAAUGUUUGUUGGGAGGUUUGUGAUGAACAAAUGACUUUGCAUAUGCUUGUAAAUGGCUUUACCACUUAAUCCUGUUUGUUUCAUCAGCUUUCCUCACUUGAUCAUUUGAAUUUAACUACUUACAUGAAGGAGAAUCUCUGCCAGUAACAGGUUAGUUAAAGCUGUAAGUACCACUGCUGCAAUUUUAAUAUCCGUCGACCUGUGUUUUGUGUGCACACACCAUAUGAGAUAUUAAUGCGAUCACUCAGAAGUAUUUUUUGAAAAAACAUACAGUGAGCCCACAACAGCUCUCAAGCAUUUCACAAUAAUGAUAGGCAAUCAUUCAGUAUGACCUUGAGAAAUAACUGGCCAAUCAUAGUUGAGUGCGCAACAUAUUUUCACUAGUUCUGCUUAAUGCGAUCAGCAUCUCACCAUAGUUUUUGGUGCAAACCAGGAUUUAAACUAAUGAUUAAAUGCUUUAAGGAAGUAAUACCGGCAGAGUCUUCACCGGUAAGUAUGGGCCCAUUAUCACUUUUGUUAAUUAUCUAAUCCAUUUAAUAUUGAACUAUUUUUUCUUUAAACUCUCCACUGUGUAAGAAAAUGUGCUAAGAUGAUAUGGUUAAUUGAAUAUCACAACAAAGGCCUGUAAAGCUUUUACCUGCUGAACAAUGCAGUUUAUGAAAAGAUUCGACAUGUAGUUCUGUCAUACCUUGUCUGAGAAUAUGAUGGUACUGGGAAAGCUUGGAUUUGGAAAAGAUAUUUUUCUGCCUUUAAGUUGAGCCAUCAAAGCACAUUACAGGAUUUUAUUUGUGAUUUCUGUACCAAAGUCUGAAUGUUUACUGCUUUUCCUUGAAUAAAUGAGUUUUUAAACUCUAAUGUGUAUUUUUAAUGUUUUGAAUAUAAGCACUCAAUAUAAACUUGGAAUGUUUUGUUAUAGACAUAAAAACUCAUACAGCAUCAGAGACGGUUUAUUUAUAAAGGUAAAGAAAACCCUGGAUUGCUGAAAUGACUGAAAGUCCUGUUAGUGCAGAAAAUUUUAAUUUCCUCAAAACUAUCAUUUACCGAAAGCUGGCAUGUGUCAUCUCACCUGUGUUUACUGCAUUACCCUGCACUUCUCAGAAUAUUUCAAAGCAGUAUUGAUGUCACUAACUGCAAACACUGUUAUUCAAAAGCAUGCAACAUACUCAAUGUAAAUACAAGUAUGUCAUGAGGUAUUUCUACAUUUCAGUCAGAUCAGGUGUAUCACUCUUCUACAUUUCUACAAGUCUAAUUUUAACAGUCAGUUUCUCUGAAACAUUGAACAUGAGUAGAUAUUUAUAUGCUG